AUUUUAUAUUAUUGUUUAAGGAAUGAUUUAGGAGCACCAUUGGAGAUGCUCUCACCACUCUCUUCAAUCACCACUCCCAUUGUUCAAUAAUCACUCCCGAGGAUCGUAGCUGUGCGAAGAUCAUGUCCGAGGAUGGUGAUAAAGACACUUCUUGGCGUUUAUUCACGUCUGAGGAUAUGAUUGAUGGUUACAAGGCUCUUAAAAGGAGGAAAAAAACUGCUAGAAAUGUUAAGAAAGUUUGUGGAUUAUCUGUGAACAACUCAGAGGCACCAAACAGCUCAAGAUUAUCUUCUACGAGCUUAACCUCUGAGAGAUUGAAAAGCAAGUCCUGCAAAAACAAAAUGUCACAGGAAAGACCUCUGAGAACUCCCUUUACUGAUAUAACCAAUAAAUUGCCAAGGUCAAAAUCUAAAACAAACGAGGACAGAGAUAAGGCCAAAGCAAAAUAUUGCACAAGAGGGAAUGCCGAGCUGAAAGACUGGAGUCGGAACCUCUUUGAGGAUGAGUUCAGUAAAAAACAGACCGCCUCUGCCAUUGUUUAUGAUGAGAAUUGUGGUAUGACUUUCUGCUCCUGCUUUUCCUAUCCGGAUUUUGCAAAAAGGGCAUUAUCAAAUAACGAAGAGAAAAAGGUGAGCAUUAUGAAGAAGGUCACUGUUGCCGAGUUGAAGGCUCUUGGAAAGACUGCUGUUGAGGCCUUUUUUAUGCUACAUGUGAAAUUCAAAAGCAUUGAUGAAAGUAUGGGGUGGUCUUACCAUGCUUGCACUAGCUGUGAGAAGGAGACGAGAAAUGAAAAUCCCUGUCCUAUUUGUGAGAGCUGCAAUCGCUAUGUUUCUUACCCAGACAGGAAGUUUAAAAUGCAUUUUGUUGCCGAGGAUACUACUGGACAGAUGCAAGUGGUCCUCGUAGAUAGGGAAGUACGCACACUAAUUGGAAGAAGAGCUUUGGACUCAGCUGCGGAGAUGAAAGCUGGCAGUACCAUCCCGGAGGCUUUUUUCAGUACUCUCAACAAAGAAUACAGCGUGGUAAUCCAAAUGAGGGAAUUUAACAUUGUCAACAAUUUCCACGUCUACUGGGCCACUAACAUCUGCAAAGGCUUGUUGGCAUUCUAAAAGAUACAAGCGCAGCUGUUCCCAACCAAGAAGCACAAGCAUCACAGUCAACCACAUCAACCUACAAUGCGCAAGGGAUCUCUGAUAUCAACUUAACCUCUACUUGAAAAACCCAAUCAGUCUACCAUUACUGUGUUUUGCUAUUUUCUAAGACUACUGUUAUCGGAUUCAGUACUUUUGCUUUUGUCUAGCCGUAUAUGUUGUUUCCUUGCAUCAGAACGAAAUUAUGAAUUCUGUAAGAAACAUGUAUUAACGACUGAUCAAUUCAGUAGGGAAGCUUUAUUAUAUAUCUAUCAGCUAAGU